AAGAACUUCGUGUUUUUCUUGGAUUUUUCCUCAAGUUUUCCUCACUUUAUAUGGAUAACGCGCGUCCACAGUUCGGGAAUCGCCUUCUCAAGGACGAUCAGGAUGUCUUUCAACAUAAUGCUUGGUAAUGCACUGAAAUUUCUGCCCAAAUUCCUCAGAAUCCGGUUGUUUUCCCGGAAAGAAAUUUUCUUGGAAGACACGCGUUACAGAAAAAAGCCCCAAUUUGGAACAAGAUUCCUUCUGGACAGAGCCAGGGUGUUUGAUUUCAAUGCCUGGGACAACGUCGAGUGGGAUGAUGAGCAGGAAAAAUUGGCCAGAGAGAGUGUCCGGGUGAACUCUUCUCAGAAGAUGUGUCAGGAGGACGUGCAGAAGUACGAGGAGGAAGCCGGGAAGUUUUGGGAUGACUUCUAUAGUGUACACAAUAAUAAGUUUUUCAAGGAUCGUCACUGGCUCUUCACGGAAUUCCCGGAAUUAGCACCAGCGGCAGCAUCAGAAGAGAAAGCUUCCAGGAUGAUCUUCGAAAUCGGAUGUGGCGUAGGAAAUACCAUAAUUCCCAUCCUUAAGUACUCUCAGGAGGAGGAUUUGAUGGUGUACGGAGGAGAUUUCUCAGGGAAAGCGAUAGAAAUACUGAAGGAAGACCCACAUUUCGAUGAAAAACGAUGCGAGGCAUUUGUUCUGGAUGCCACAGCUGAGAUCUGGGAUGUUCCCUUCCAAGAGAAUUCUAUAGACAUAAUAGUCAUAAUCUUUGUGAUGUCUGCCAUCAAUCCUGCAAGGAUGUCUCACGUCGCUCAGCAAGUGGCAAAGUACCUGAAACCCGGCGGGUUGGUGGUCUUUAGAGAUUACGGUCUGUACGACAUGGCUCAGUUGAGAUUCAAGCCUGGAAAGUGCCUUGAGGAGAACUUUUACGUGCGUGGCGAUGGAACGAGGGUGUAUUUCUUCACUCAAGACGAAGUCAGGGAGUUGUUCGUGAAGGCUGGCCUCACGGAGGAGCAGAACCACAUCGAUAGGAGACUCCAGGUGAACCGAGGAAGGCAACUGAAGAUGUAUAGAGUGUGGAUUCAGGCAAAAUUCCGGAAACCCGCGCAGAAACCUGAAGUGCUUCACUGUUAAAUUGCAAAUAUUUUGCCGUUCUUUUCAAUGGGUUGAAGGAACAAGACUACCACUGAAAUCCUCCUGAACCUGGGAUAAAAGGAAUAUAAUUCGAGGAAAGACAUUCAUUUGUGAUCAUCAUUGUGGCAUCUAAAGGCGGAAUUCCGAUGAGACACUCGGAAUUGGAGGUUCUAAACUUCAAGUAGUUGAAAAUCACU